ACUUUUUAAAAAGUCAGAAUUUAUUCACAUACGGAUGUCGAGAGAGAAAGUGAAUUGGAAGUUGCGAUUUUUUCGAGUUUAUUAUGUUUAAAUAGUGAAAUGAGCAUUUUGAUUUAGUGAGAAAUGCUCUUAUUUUCGACAAAGGAUUAUUGUGUGUGCCAAUUAAGUGUUAUUAUCGUUGCUUUAAAAUGCUGGAAAGUCGAGGCGAUUGACACAUCGGUCCUCGCAUGUAUAAAAUAAAUUUUAGGUGUGUUUUGCUAAAUUAGUGUACAGGAUGCCGAGGGGAGAGAACAGGCCGAGUAUCCUGUUGUCUCGGGAAGAGAAUGAUCAGGUUUUCAGUUUAAUUGGACCAAAAUGCCAGAGUCUAGCAACGGCAGUGGUCCAGCUAUUCACAACGGAAGAUCCAACUCAUUCAAAAUGGAAGAAGAAGGACACAGGCGUACUGUGCCUUAUAAAGGACAACGGGAAGAGGUCGUACUUCUUCAGGAUAUACUGUCUCUACCGCAAGGCCAUGAUAUGGGAGCAAGAGGUCUACCUCCAGAUCGAUUACAAGAACCCCAGGCCGUUCUUACAUACCUUCGAAGCUGAGGAAUAUAUGGCGGCAUUCAAUUUCGCUAACGAAAAUGAAGCGAACAUCCUCAAAAACAUACUCCUUGAGAAGAUCGAGCUCAGGAAAACGAAACGAGAAGAGCGUCGUCAGCGCUCGAUGCUGUCGGGUCGCAGCAGCGGCGCGGGCGUGGCCCCGUCGCGUCAGAACGGCGCGCUGCCGCCGCCGCCCGAGCCCGAGCCCGCCGCGCCCGCGCCGCCGCCCGCGCCCGCGCCCGUUCCACUGCCGCCCAAAGCCAACAACAGCUUAGGAAGUUACACUCUAACUAGUAACAAGAAAUCAAAACCGCGAAGACUGACCAAAGCUGACAUCGGAAGCCCGCAGAACUUCAAGCAUGUGUCGCACGUCGGUUGGGACGCGAACAAAGGUUUCGACCGCGACAACGCGCCAAACGCGGACGAGUUACGUUCGUUCUUCACGAAGGCGGGCGUGUCGGACACGCAGCUGCAGGACCAGGACACGCGCGAGUUCAUCUACGACUUCAUCGAGAUGCACGGGGGCCUGCCCGCCGUCAAGCAGGACCUCGACAAUGUUAAGAGUCCCCGCGCGGGCGCGGCGGCCGCCCCGCAGGUGCCCAGCCGCGCCGCCGCGCCGCCGCACCCGCCCGCGCCGCGUCAGUACUCACACCAUUAUAUAUUAACUUACUACAUACCAAUGUGGCUUGCGAUACUUCAUGUCAUUUAUUACAAGUGUUUUGAAGUAUUUAUUUUUGUAUGUUGGCCUUUAAAUUCAAUUAAAGUUACUACCUUCCAUCCCGCGCCCCGCCGCCGCCGCCCGCUCGCGCAGUUCCGCCGCCGCCCGCGCACCGCGUGGCCCCGCCCCGCCCCGCCUACCGUGACAGUAUCUUCAGGGCCGCCAUCAGUGCCGCCGCCGCCCCCGCCGGGCGCGGCCCCGCCCCCUCCCGCGCCGCCUCCCGCGCCCAUGGCCCCUCCCCCGCCGCCGCCGCCCCCUGCGCCCCCGGCCCCGCCCCCCGCGCCCGAGUCCCCGCCCCCGUCCUCCGUGGAACAGAUGGACGCGCCGCCGGACCCGAGGGCCGCGCUCAUGGAGAGUAUCCGCAGUGGAUCCAAGACCUUACGGCGAGUCGAGCCUGCGGCUAAACCACCCGUUGUUGAAGACAGCAGAAGUAAUUUACUUAGUGAGAUCAGACAAGGGAUCGAGUUACGAUCGGUGUCCCGCUCGGACAGCGCGGGCGCGGCGGGCGCGGCGGCGGGCGCGGCGCGGCGCGGCGCGGCGUGCGGGCUGGCCGAGGCCCUGCAGCGCGCGCUGGAGGAGCGCUCGCGCGCCAUACACUCCUCCGACUCCGAGCUCUCCGACGCGACCACCAGCGACGGCGAGUGGGACGACUGAGGACACGGAACCAACAGCGGUCACGUAAGGACGAUCCAGUAUAAAAACAAAAAACGAUCGCGUAUGUAUUUCGAUUAUUCAAAAAAUACGACGAAAUAAAGCUGUAAUGUACAGAUGAGAAGAGACUUAUUGCUUACCUAACAUAAAACAAGGAAUGUUCACUUAUUGUUUGUAUGGACAUUACUAGUAUUCUUUUUACGGUAUUAUUUUUAUUAGCUAUCGUUAGUACUAUAGCGUUCAAGCAAUUCCUUUUCUUUAAUUUAUUAAUUAAUGUUCAGCUUAAUAUGGGUAUGAAAAGAUUUUGUAAGUAUCUACUUAUUAGAACACACAAUCAAUCAAUUUAAAAAUCUUUGUUGCCAAUUUAUGCGCCGUUAACAUCUAAUUCAAUAAUAUCAGUGUAAAUAUAUAUAUUUUGUUGUAAAACCUACUAUGACUCACUUUAAACAGCGAUUAUGUUUACACUAAAAUCAAGAGUCGAGUAUUCUUCACUUCAAAAUGUAAACCGGGUAUUACCGGCUGGCUUCUGCCGACUUCGGUUGCCGAAGUUUCACGAUCUUACCCGAAGUACCCAUCAUACAUAAAAGUAUUAUUCUAAUUUAUUUCCACAUAAUUAAUAAAUAGGCUUUGAGCAACUGAACGAUUAUUUAAACUAUUUGUAUUGAAAUAUUAUUAAACUCCUAGGUUGUCAAUAUUAUUCUUUAUUUUUUUACUCGCUUUAAAACGUUCUUUAGUAGAAUAUCACCUUUACGUGUAUGAUUAAAGUAACUGAAUCAUAGCAAUCGUAAGAAGGCUUGAAUAAAAAAAAACAAUAUUUCCAAGUCUUUAAUAACCUUAAGGUUUGCGUUAGGGAUAAAAAAACUUAAUGUAAAAAAAAUGUGUGCCAGAAUAGUGUCAAAGUAAUGACUGAUGUAGCGAUGAAAUCAAGUUUACUUAGUUUUACGGCAAAAUAGUCAUAUUCAAUGAUAGAGUUAGUACCAUCGUGUCAGUGUUACUUUGGCUAGUAUGAAACGUCAGUCCAAAUGUGAUAUGGGAAUAAAUGUGCUCAGAGAAUGAUCUUGUAUUGAGGCAAGCGUUUACAAGUGUCCUGAUAGUACACUGGAUGUUUAUAAAUUGUUUGCUUACGUCGAGGCAGCCACUAAGUAAUACAAAACACACAAACAAACAAAAAUAAACGUUACUCGGAUUUGUUAAGAUAUAUUUUUCUUGAACGUCGACUGAUCGAAAGUGCUCAAUUGUACACACGCUCGCUCAACCGCCGCCUCGACUGAAGCAACAAUAAAAAACCUUUAUCUUUAUUUUUGUCCAAGUGUAUAUACUUUCUAAUAUAAGUUACUAAUUAAUUACGUUUUACAUACGAGUUAUUAAUAUUUUAUUAAGACUACUCAAUGUCUUUAAUGUUAUGUUUGUGAGGCCGUAGAAAGAAUAAGUUUAUUAAUGGUUAUUGCUUAUAUAAACAUUGUAUUAUUAACAUAACUACAACAAAGCAUAAUAUCGCCUUAUAUUAACGAUAACAACUAAAGGCUGACUUGCUCUUUCAACGAGAUCACUUAUAUUUUAUAUAAUUGGUGUAAAAUGUGUAUAUAAUGUCUUAGGUUAGUUGUAAUAGACUAAAAGCUCUGUAUAUGACUGAACGGAAAUCUGCGGUGAUCGUAAAAUUACAAUUUUUGACGUGUGUGUGAUAAGAAAUGUCGGGUGACAUAUUUUUGUAAGAAAGAUGCGAGUUGUAGAUCAAAACUUCAUCUUUUAGGAUAGAUAUCAUUGAUACACUGCCUUUGAUCAAAGGUACUUACCGUAAUUAUACUAUUUCGAGUCUAGAUUUUGUUGUUACGACACUUGAUAGCCGAUAGGAAUACAAAGAUAGGGAUAUGUUUUACUUCCAAACCAGUACUGCUUCACAGCGCAAGCAUGUUACACAUUGACAUAGUUCCGACGUUCAAUGGCUAGGAAUUUAUCAUAACAUAAUCAAUCGAUUAUAAUUUAGUAUCGAUAGUUAGCGGAAGUUACGUGAACUAUCGAUAUUAAAGGCGCUACGUAAUCGAUGUAUAAUUAAUUUACUCUGUACUAAAAUAAAACCAACUUUGUAAAUUAAUUCGUGGUUCUUCACUUCUUAGUAUUCAAGCACAAUUCCUGUGUUAUAAGUGUAAAUAAAUAAACGUUCAUCUUUUUUAUUUUAAUUAUUUUUUUAUAACUAGGUAAGUUUGGAAUCUAAGCGAUAUAAUAUCACGAAUGAUCGCUUGGUUGGUUUUAUUACCGAUUUAAGGAUUAUUUAUUUCUUUAUACAGGCUUUUAUCACUCCCCGUAUUCUACACUGUCAUAGUAUUUCGAAAUAAAAAUAUGCUAUAUUUUGCUCACAUUUUUAAUAGUUGACUAUCUUCACAUUUUUGUAUGUGCAUAAUCUGUUUCAUAAUAUCACUACUACUGUAAAAAUCAUCAUUUUUACUACGAGCUCUUCAAGCAGUACUGUUGGUGUGUGAGCGAGACGCCGCUACUGCACUGUAGUGCGCUGUCCCGCUUCCACAGUAACAACAGUUUUGCUCCAGCUUAUAGUACACAUAUUGCGGCCACAAAAUCUGCAGAUCAAGUUAAAUUAUACUAGCUAUGUAUAAAAUGAAGUUAAAACUAGUUUAAGGGUUAUGACUAUAUGUGUAUCUUAAUAAAUAACGAUAGAUAUUUUUAUAACUAUCAAUGUUUACGAUGUAUGUAAUGUACCUGUAACAAUUGAAGAGUAUUUUGGAUUGCUGGUUAACUGAGAUAGUGUCAGGUGAGGGUAGAGUAUUUAUUAGUUACAUUCGGAUAGUGAUUAGGAAUAUGUAUUUAUUCCAAGUGUUUUUAAUUUGGUUUAUCCUUUUGAAUAGAUUUGUAAACUUAUUAUUACAAGAAAUAAGCUUGCUUUUGAGUUUGUUAUCUACGAUAGUAACGACAUCUCUUGUCGAACAACAAGUAAGUUCAAUAGCGUAUUGAAAGAUUUAUAAGUCUAUACAUGUUUAGUGUGACCACUUGUAUUCAUGUGAGGAAAUGUUAUCGUGGUUAAUCAGCCAUUCAUAAAUGAGUAUGUUGACUAAAUAAACAUUAUUAAAAUUA